AUUUUUAAUCAUCAUAUCAUUUAAAGUUUUUAUAAUAAUAAUAAGCAUAAUAAUAAGCAGGAAAGUGUGCUAUUACUUUUGAGGAUCCCCUAUUUUAAUCCAUAGAGCCUUACAAAUAAGUCUAAAAAAUCAUAUCCACAAUUUAAAAAAAUCCAUUUCUUUGUCUUUUCUUUUUUAGAUCAAAAAAUAUAUAAACUGUAGAAAUGAUAACGUUGAAGCAGAUAGCUUAAUAAGCACGUUUUUUAUCUGUUCAAAAUGUACCUUAAAGGGAGAUGUAAUACUACAACUACUAUUACUACUACUAUAGUAUUUAAUACUCUUAACCACAUGAGAGUGGACAAUUAAUAGCAGUAGCUAUUUGGUUCUUGUCAUUUGAAUCAGCAUUUAGGGAAGCAUCUGAUGUGAGUGUAGGAGAGACCGCCCCAGUAUCCGCUGCUGCUGCUGCUGCUGCUGCUGCAUCCAACUCGCUUUUCACACUUGGGUUCAUUCACGCACACUUUUCCCACCGGGAUGAUGGAGCCGCUUCAGCCAGAGGAACACACAGCGCGCUCUCACACCGCCGCACACAUGGCUCACAAGCUAUGGCGAACAUUUUCUACGUCCAUCUGGAUAUUUACACUAGUUUCAAGUUCGAGGACGAGGAUUUAUCCACCAAACGAAGUGACCCUGCUGGAUACCAGGACAGUGCCAGGAGAGCUGAAAUGGGCAGCCAGUCCUUCCGAGGGAGGGUGGGAAGAGGUGAGUAUAAUGGAUGAGAAGAACAUCCCUAUCAGAACGUACCAGGUGUGCAACGUCUUAGAACCUAAUCAAAACAACUGGUUGAGGACAGACUGGAUCCCUCGGUCCGGCGCUCAGCGGGUCUACGUUGAAGUCAAGUUCACCCUGAGGGACUGUAAUAGCCUGCCAGGAGUCACCGGCACCUGCAAGGAGACAUUCAAUCUGUACUACCACGAGUCUAACGAAGACAGAGAGAGCUACAUCAAAGAGAGCAGCUUCAUUAAGGUGGACACCGUGGCAGCAGACGAGAGCUUCACCCAGGUGGACGUCGGGGAUCGCAUCAUGAAACUGAACACCGAGGUGCGAGACGUGAAGGUCACGACCCGGAAGGGUUUCUACCUGGCCUUUCAGGAUGUUGGCGCCUGCAUCGCUUUGGUUUCCGUCAGAGUUUUCUACAAAACCUGCCCGCUCACCAUCCGUAACCUGGCAACGUUUCCUGACACUGUCACCGGGGCCGAUACGUCUUCCUUAGUGGAGGUCAGGGGGUCUUGUGUCAACCAAUCAGAAGAGAGAGACGAGCCUAAAAUGUACUGCGGUGCUGAUGGAGAGUGGUUGGUUCCUAUUGGUGGAUGUCUCUGCAACCCAGGAUAUCAAGAGAAGGGUGGUGCAUGUAAAGCCUGUUCGGUUGGUUUUUACAAGGCCAAGUCUUCAGAUGCAGGAUGCUCUAAGUGUCCUCCACAUAGCCACUCGCUCAGAGACGGGGCGACCGCCUGUGACUGCCACUCUGGAUUCUUCCACGCUGACAGCGACCCUCCCUCCAUGGCCUGCACCCAGCCACCGUCAGGCCCACAGCAGCUCAUCUCUGUGGUGAACGAGACUUCGGUGGUCUUGGAGUGGGCCCCCCCUCGCCGGCUGGGAGGACGGAGUGACACCAGCUACAGUCUCGAGUGUCUCAUCUGUCAAACAGGGAGCCACAGUCAGACUAGCAGCAAAGCCCUCCCAAGGAAUCGCAGCGUCUCCCAGCCCGAGGCUCAGCACAGCGGCCUGGGGAUGCAGUCGGACCAGGGGAUUGUGGGAUCUGAAGUCCAGUCGGGUAGAGGCGUCUACCAGAGCAGACCGGCACCUGGAGAUUACCCGAGACUGGGCUCAGGCUCCGUCUCCAGCUCUCAGCUCUGCCUUCCCUGCGGCUCCGAUGUGCUUUUCUCUCCCGACCAGGCCGGCCUGAAGGCCACCAGGGUGGUGGUGAGCGAGCUCCGUGCCCACACGCACUACACCUUCAUCGUCCACGCACGCAACGGGGUCUCCCAGGCCAGCGGUGCAGGGGCAGCCCAGAGCGUGUCUGUCACAGUCACCACCAACCAAGCUGCUCCCUCUCCGGUGUCGUCCAUAUUAGCCACCGACGUCACAAGGCACAGUUUGUCGUUGUCGUGGCAACAGCCGGAUCGACCCAACGGGGUCAUCCUGGAAUACGAGGUCAAGUUCUAUGAAAAGGAUCAGAAAGAGAGGUCCUACCGCAUAAUGAGGACCUUCUCCCGGAGCGUCGAUGUCACGGGUCUCAACCCCCUCACCGUGUACGUGUUUCAUGUGCGUGCUCGCACGGCAGCUGGAUACGGAGAGUUCAGCACCCCGUUUGAAUUCGCCACCAAUUCAGAUCCCUUCCCUCUGAUUGGAGAAGGAGUUAACUCAGCGUUCCUGCUGCUGUCUGUCAGCGGGGUCGGAAUUUUACUGCUGAUAUCUGCAGCUGUCUUCAUCAUUAGCCGCAGGAGGAGCAAGUACAGUAAAACAAAGCAGGACUCGGAGGAGGAGAAGCAUCUUAACCCAGGAGUUAAAAUCUACGUGGACCCGUUCACCUACGAAGACCCCGAUCAGGCCAUCCACGAGUUUGCCAAGGAGAUUGAUGUUAGCAGUAUUCACAUUGAGAGGGUUAUUGGCAUGGGAGAGUUUGGGGAGGUGUGCAGUGGUCGGCUGCGUGUUCAGGGAAAAAGGGAGAUCUACGUGGCCAUCAAGAGUCUGAAGGCGGGAUACUCUGACAAACAGAGGAGGGACUUCCUGUCGGAGGCCUCCAUCAUGGGACAGUUUGACCAUCCGAACAUCAUCAGGCUGGAGGGCGUCGUGACAAGAUGUAAGCCACUGAUGAUCAUCACAGAAUACAUGGAAAAUGGAUCCCUGGAUGCUUUUCUUCGGAAACAUGACGGCCAGUUCACGGUGAUCCAGCUGGUCGGCAUGCUGCGCGGCAUCGCCUCAGGUAUGAAGUACCUGUCAGACAUGAGCUACGUUCACCGAGACCUGGCGGCUCGAAACAUCCUGGUCAACAGCAACCUGGUGUGUAAGGUGUCGGACUUUGGCCUGAGUCGGGUUCUGGAAGACGACCCAGAGGCUGCCUACACCACAAGGGAGGCCACUGGGACUUAUCUUUCCCCCGGAGGGAAGAUCCCCAUCAGAUGGACGGCUCCAGAGGCCAUAGCCUACAGGAAGUUCACCACGGCCAGUGAUGUGUGGAGUUACGGCAUCGUCAUGUGGGAGGUGGUUUCAUACGGAGAGAGACCCUACUGGGACAUGAACAACCAGGAUGUGAUUAAAGCGAUAGAAGAGGGCUACCGUCUGCCUGCGCCCAUGGACUGUCCUGUGGUGCUGCACCAGCUAAUGUUGGACUGCUGGGAGAGAGAACGAGCAGAGAGACCCACCUUCAGCCAGAUACUCAACAUGCUGGAUAAACUCAUCCGUAACCCCGGGACUCUGCGCCGGACAGGAGGGGACAGGUACAUACUGUACAUACCCACAGCCACUAUGUUGGAGUCAGGUGUGGGUUCAGAGGUGUGUGUGUCGGUCCUACCGGAGGUCUGUGUGCCAGUGUGGUCGGUGUGUGAGUGGCUGCGGUCCAUCGGGUUGGAGAGGUACACAGACACUCUGGCAGCAGCUGGAUACACUGGCCUCGACAACCUCCUGGCUCUCACACACCAGGAGAUGGACAGACUUGGAAUAAUCACACCGUCACACCAGGACAUACUAAUUGCUAGUGUGCAGCAAGAAAUGUUGUCUCAAAUGCAGCACAUGCAACACACAAUGGUUCCAGUCUGAGCGGGAGAACGGAUACAAACCUGUUUUGAGAAGAAUUUCAUUUACCUCAUCCAUGCACUUUAGAGGGACUUUUCACCAGUGGGAAUACAAGGAGUGGAGUAAAGUAGAAGAGAGAGAGAGAAAAGCAGCACUUUUGUGAACUUCCAUGCCGUGGAGUUUUCUUAAAAGAACAUGAUCUGGACGUGGCCGCAGAUAGCAUUAAGCUACUGAGAGCUUAGACUGAAGCCUCAUCCUCUUAUCCAGUUCUAUUUUUCAUUAUUUUAUUAUCUGUUUUGUGAAGGCUGACAUGUUUAAGGCUGUGCAUAAGCAGAAUGGCUUCCAACUUUUCUUUCGCUGCUUUGGGCUUGACUUGAAUAACAUGUGUUUUGUGUUUGCUCGUAUGACUGCGUGUGUGUGUGUGUGUGGUGUGUGCGUAGCAUGAACGUGGAAUCUCCCGUGUCAAGACGUCAGCUAUCUUUGAAUAUUCUGAUAUGCAAAGUUACCCGAGAAAGAGAGAGUGAGAGAGAGGAGCCGGACAGAAUGUAUCAUUACGAGCUCUUACUAGUUUCAUACUGGAGGAUCAUACUAACAAACUGUAUGAUUUGCUUGUGUUUUUUAAUUGUUCUGUUUUAUAAUUUUUAAUUGUAUGAAUUUCUGUUGAAUUAGACAUUUAGAGUAGAUUGCCAUCCAUCCGUGUCAAUUGUACAUGUCUCUUUUUGAUGCUAAGAAUUAGCUACAUUUUGUUUAUUUAUGGUCUUUUUUAUAGUUUGUACAUUGUAAAAUAGAAACACUGAGGAAAUAUUGUAAUGAUUGCCAUAUUGCAUUGCAAUAAAUCCCAAAACCCAU